UCUGCUGAUUAUACAGGCAGUUAAAGAGAAGAGUUCAUGUCCAUCCCAGCUUGUUUCACUUUGCUCCUUCCCCGCCAGCCCAACUUUCAGCUGCAGUAAUCUGAUACCACUUGGCAGAGGCUAAGAGAAUGAGAAUUUUUGGCACAUUGGAAAGAGGCUUAAUGUAAAGUCGGCUUGCUUCUUGCUUGCUUUUUUUUUUUUUUUCCUUUCCUUUUUUUUCUGAAACUCUCGUGGUUCUGCACAACUCUGGCAGUAGCUGCAGGACUCCUCACAAAUGUUCCAGAUGCAGCUGUGAGCAAAAGGAUUAGCAAUGCAUUCUGCAAAGGGGAUGCCUUAGGAGCUCUCAUCUCCCUCUAAAAAGUACUAAAGACUGACAUGGAACAAAUAGAACAACUUUGUGCAAGCAGAAAGAAGAGCUUCAGCUUCCUCUUGGUGGACAAGAAGAAGAGCAAUGGCUAUCGAACCCUCGUGGGAUUUUUGUGCAUAUUCCCUUUGGUGGCUUUGCUGGCUGUUGUGGGAGAUCCAGCUGGAGCUGCAGUUCAGAAAAGUCAGGAAGAUGCCACAUCGCCUGGUCUUCGUGGAGCGAGCGCCUCUGCUUUGCACAGCUCACCUUUCCCACCUCGGCCUCCAGCACGGAGAAAGCGAUACACGAUCACGCCGGGGCACUUGAAGUGGGACCACUUCAACCUGACCUACAAAAUCCUGUCCUUCCCGAGAAACCUCAUAAAUGCCAGGGACACACGCAAGGGGCUAGCAGCUGCAUUCCGGAUGUGGAGCGAAGUUUCGCCAUUCAGCUUCAAAGAAGUCCCACGCCACGUAGAUAGUGACCUGAAAAUAGGCUUCUACUCCAUCAAUCACACGGACUGUCUGGAGUCUCUCAUUCACCACUGCUUCGACGGAACAACGGGGGAACUUGCCCAUGCCUUCUUCCCACCCAACGGAGAAAUCCAUUUUGAUGACCACGAAUACUGGAUAUUGGGAAAUACCCGGUUCAGCUGGAAAAAAGGUGUUUGGCUUACAGAUCUGGUACACGUAGCAGCUCAUGAGAUAGGCCAUGCCUUAGGACUCAUGCACUCCCUGAACCCCAAUGCCCUCAUGCACAUCAAUGCCACUUUGACUGGGAAAAAGACCAUCUCUCAAGAUGAAGUCUGGGGAAUUCAGAGGCUUUACGGAUGCAGAGACAGAUUAUUUAUGUGCCCAUCAUGGGCACGAAAAGGUUUCUGUGAGACACGCAGGAAAUUGAUGAAAAAGCACUGUCCUUCCACCUGUGACUUCUGCUACGAAUUCCCCUUUCCAACGGUUCCUCCUACUCUGCCCCCACCAAGGACAAAAACCAAGACUGUUUCCGAAGGCAGGAACGUCACCUUCCGCUGUGGACAGAAGAUCAUUCAUAAAAAAGGCAAAGUUUACUGGUAUAAAGAUAAGGAGCUUCUGGAAUACUCAUAUCCAGGUUACUUAUCCUUAAAUGAGGAUCACAUGAGCAUCAUUGCAAAUGCAAUUAAUGAAGGAACUUACACUUGUAUAGUAAAGAAAAAAGAAAGAAUCUUGACCACAUAUUCCUGGAGGAUCAGACUGAGACACUAACGAAGGCUCUGGAAUAAGAACUUCAAUUACUGCUAGUUCUGUUUCAAAUUCAGAAUGGUUCUGUAGCAUUUUGUAUUUAAUCUCCAGUAGUGCAAAUGAACUUCUAAAUCAGCCGCUUCCAUACCUUGGGCAAGAAAGACUCUGGGACUUGAUUACUGGAAGACAAAACUUUUCCAAGUUAGUUUUAAUGGUAAAUAAUCCAUCGAGCACAUGCUGUUCAGAGAAUUAAAAAAUUAAAGAAAAAAAUCAAGUGUAAGAUUUUGCAGUUAACCUGGAUCACUGCAGACUGCUGAAAAACAAGACCAUAACCCUUCACCAAACACGUGGACGAACUUUGAUGGCUCAGCUGUGUUGCAACGGAAUCAGAGGUAUUGUGGAAGGAAAAUGACCAGUUAUACUCUGUAAGUGUUUUGCUAUCGUUUUCUUAGAUCCUGGUACAUAGUACUAGAAGCACAUGUUAAAAAAAAAAACAACUAAUAAUUCUUUUUCUUUUAAACAACCCCUUUCUAAUUACUCUAUUCCACGUUUCAACACAUUCAGUUCAGGUAUCCGCAGAACAUCUUUCCCCACAACCACUUUCCUGUGCUUUGUAUUUAUUACCUGUGUAACCUUAGCCCAUAUACUGUUUACUUUCAUCUGCAGCUCCUCAUAACUUGUCCUUUAGGUGUCUGGUCAAUAAACUUCUCAACUCCUUCACCAGAGGUAAGAUAACUUCCAUUACUGUCACCCCCAGUCACUAAGAGAUGAGGUGAAUGUGCACAGCCAUAGAAAAAUAGCAUUAGCUUGCUCGGCAAAGCCCAGUACACUCCAAUGUCUGUAUUAGCGAAGGAUUCGUUUGCACAGUUAACAAUCCCUGACAGUCCUUACGUUUAAUAAGUACACGAAAGAAAGAUCCUUGUCCAGUAUUAAAGCAGCCUACAUUGUUUUUUGCUUAGGUUCAUCCAUUUUUAGUUGUCCUCUUAACCUCUUCAAAGAAGUUUCUUCCUACUUUGAAGCACCACCAAAACUGCAAAGCAUCUCAUGUAUUGCAUUAUAGGUCAGCAGUCUAGGAAGCUCUCUGUAUUAUGACAGCAAAAGUGCAAGGGAAAAGUAAGAAACUAAAUCAGAAUGAUUUGUCUGGUACAAUUGCAAUGACAGUCAUUUUACUGGCAGACAUUUAGCACGAACUCUGCACAUCUUCGUUUAACAGACCGGAGCAACACCACGUGGAGCUGAGCAUCUCCUCUCAAGGCAGCUCUGUCUUCAGGAUUUGGAGAAGAGAAAUGAGAGCAACGAGCUGAUCGUCACAGCCUUCAAUACCUAUCACAAGAGGAUGUCAACGCUUCAGCUGCACGGAUGCUUAAUCCUAGGGCAGAUCUGAAGCCCUUCAGCUCACAGCUUAACACUUUCUAAAACAUCGUUUAUUAUUAACGAGUUUCGUGCAAUUUCUCCGACUGCUGUUUACGUACAUGGCAGUAACCUACCCCUACCUCCGCAGUGCUCUCCAGUUGAUGCUCCUGGCAGGCAGUGUCCAUGACAGAGUUUGGGGAAUAAGGGAAUGCCCAGGCAAAACUGGAGGCAGCUGCAGGGUAAGUGCUGCUAGCUACGGACCUGCUCUGCCACCGCCAUCCUGUAAGGCGUUAGCCACCUUCAAAUACUGGCUGUGGACCUGAAGGCCACUGGAAAAAGAAACCAAUGAAACAAGUUGCACGUUUAAGACACCAGGCCACUACCCAGCUCUGUCACUCCUCCAGGAUGCCACUGACACAAACCUUCCAGUGCGCAUAGCUGUUCUGGCUACAGUUUCAAGGCUAGCUUGUCACCCCACACACUGUUCAAGGAACUCAGAAAAAAAUUAAAUUUUCUGUAAAGAAGCCAACAGCAACAACGACAAAUUAUGCUCUCUCUGUUGCCUGCACAGGAACACUGCAUGACAGCUUCCAUUUCUGAAACAUAGAUUUGCUGGGACAGAAAACACUUCAUAGACUGGGUGAUCUCUUCAAGGUAAGCAACAAAACUCACUUCCUCUUGGAUUACAAUCUGAUUUUAUAAAAAUAAAAACUGAAAUAAACCAACAACAAAAUACGUACCUAAACUACAACAAUCCUGUGAUUCCACCGCACACUCGUGCACUGAAAUCAUUUGGAAAAAUGGAAGUUCAUCUUUGCAGAUUUUCCAUGGUUGGUUGAAAUCAAUCAUUUAAAAAGACAUGAUUUCAAACUAAUUGAAUACUACAGUACUGUUCCUGGUAAAAUAGACCUGAAAAUAUUUUCUCUCUUUACUUGCCUUUGCAUAAUUUAUGUAUGAUUAAAAGCAAACAACAACUGUCAGUGUCAAAAAUCCAGAUCUGUUAGCCCAUGUUGGAAAGAAGAAUGCCUUCCAGCCACAUCUGACACACCUGUUUAAGUAGUUACAGAUCAGUAAUCAUUGCGGGUAAAGCACCGUUAGCAUUUCAGGAUUUCUGUCCCCUUUCACUGCUCACGUAUUUAAUGAGUAAAUAAGCUUUGGAUUCGGUUUUACCAUCACGGUUACCUUAUAGUAUAAAUAUAAAAUAAACUUCAAAAAUGCAUGGGUGCACGGGACAGUUAAGCUCAGAAUCAUACCAGGCAAGCACUGGGUGCCAAAAUAGACAUUUGAGCCAAAAUAGGAGUUGCAGUACAGUAACUGAGGGAGAACGGGUAUUUCCCUGCUACAAAAAAAAAAAAAGAACAAAAGAAUUACACAUCUCUCUCAUAACCAUAUUGCAUUUCCAUUGUAAUCCAGCAUGAGGUUUUUGUUGUACUAAAAAUAUCCCAACCGAGAUGAAUAACCCUUUGUGUCAGGAAAUCACCUCUUCCAGCGCUGCCUGCAACGAUGUCAAGGAAGCUAAGAGGAAAUAAUGUCACCAAGUGCAAGAUGCACAGCACAGCCUGAAACACAAGGUAUUCAGUCAUGGUUUAAGCCUUCACAGCACAGCACAGGCCAUGGCAAAAUAGCUCUCCCUGUCUGCAGGCUGUACAGAUGUAGCAAAGAAACUGCUUUCAGUGGGUUCCUGAUCACCACUCCUACCCCGCAUAGACAAGUCUUGCUAAAAUCAUGCAUCGUUAACAAACCAGUGGAAAACCUUUUUCUCCUUAGUACUAGGCAAUCAGUGAAGAGACAACAGUUCUUCAUUUAGCCACAGAAAAAAUGGUUUUGUAAAUUUACUACAAUUUUAGUAAUCCAAAUUUUUAAGGUCCAAAGCCUUCAUCCCGUAAAAAAAACGAACAAUCAAACAGACAAACCAAAAGAAAACCAAAACCUCUGAAAAUACACUGGAAUGUUCAUCACUUGAGCCUAUUAACUGGACCGUUGCCCAGUUCUGACUGCACGAAUACUCCAGUAUUUUCCAAAUCUUCCUGUCCCAGAAAAGGAUGACAGCAUUAUAAAUUACAGACUCAGAAGGCUGUGAGCUUCCAACAUAAUUCCUCUGGACAUUUCCCUUAUGAGAAAGGACUGGAAUAUGGCAUUAUUCAAUCAGCAAAACGAAAAGUUAUUCUUUCUAUGAAAAAAGGACAUAUUUAAAAGAACUUUAUAGAAAAUAAAGUUUCAAGUCUCCAUAUUAAAUCUUUUUGAUUUAUAAAACAAUAUAGUACUUCUUUUGCACCAGUGCCAUCAUAAAUACAUGUAUACAACACAUCGAACAGUGGUCAGCCCAGCAGUGCACUCCAAAAUGUCAACGCGUAUCGAGCCCAGCCCGGCCCAGCCCUCUCCAAGCUACACAACAGGAGAGAUGAUGCAUAAGCAUUAUGAUUUCUUGCCCAAACAACUGCACUCGGACACAUAAAGCUUACUUUAAAAAAAAGAAAAGUUGUUUU